AUGGCUCCUACUAUCCUUGUCGUUGGCGCUACCGGUAACACUGGCAAAAGUGUUAUCCAUACUCUCCCCGCACUAUUGGAAUCCAAGAAUACCAAGUAUCGAAUUCUUGGUCUGACCCGCUCCUUAGACAGUCCCAUUUCCAAGAAACUCGCCAAAAUAUCUAAUGUGGAGAUGCAAGAGAAAGAUUGGACUACAAUCGAUGCAGAUUGGCUUAAGGAACAAGAAGUGGUCAGGGUUUUCAUAGCUCCGCAUAAUUUGCCACAUCAAUUCGUAGACGAAUCUGCAUUCUACAUUGCCUUACUACAAGCCGGAGUCCAAUACGUAGUGAAGAUCUCAACAGCCUUAAAAUUCAUAGGCCCUGUCAGUCCUGUAUUCUACGGUCGCUCACAUUGGGCAAUCGAAACCUUGCUGUCUCAGCCAGAUUUCAAGAAUUUGCAAUGGACAUCUCUCCGACCAAGUAUCUUUACUGCUUCCUACCUCCCUAGCUCUGUAGAGUGGAUCAAGAGCUACCGAAAAACUGGAAAUCAAGACACAUUGAAGCUCAUUCUGAAUGCCGAUGCUCCUGUGGCACUGAUUAAUCCAGAUGAUAUCGGCAACACUGCAGCCCACCUUCUUGCGCUUGAUGACCCCACUCCACACAACCAAGCCAAAUAUGCUCUUAGUGGUCCUGAAGACGUUACCGGAAAACGGCUAGUGGAAGCAGUUGAACAGAUAGCUGGUGUGAAAGUGCAGGAUGUCAAGUACAAGGACAUUGGGUUUCUUGAUGAGCUCGUUGCUUCUGGUGGAUACCCAAAGAAGGUUCUGACUUCAAUUAUUGCAGGCUGCGAGCUUGCUUGGAAUGGCCAGUUCUCUCUCUCUGAAUGCCCAACCAGCAAAGAAAUCCUUGAACUCGCUCCUCCCAAGAGCACGAUUAUGGAUUGUUUGCAUAGCAUGUUAGAAGAAGAGUAA